GCGCCGGCGCCGCCGUCGGCGAUGGAUCACGACGAUGAGCGUUCGCUCUCUCUGGGCACGGAGCUGUCGGCCUCCGUCCCGCCCCCGAGUCCUCUCACUGGAUGUUACCUUCUCGCCGUCAUCGGCGAGCCCCAUACGCAUGAACAUAAGGAGAUUAUACUGCAGCGACUUGUCAAAGGGCUGCUAUCAUGGGACAGCAACGAGCACCAGGUCGAUCUGGAAAAGGAGCUGGCCACCCUCACGGCGCAGGCACCCGAGGGGGAGGAGGCCAGAUGUGGAGAAAGAUUGAUUCAGUUCGCAUCAGAAAAUCUGGUGACAGAGAUUCUGAUCCACCCUCAGAUGAACACGCUGAUGCAGUGCAUGCGAAAUCUGCUCAGCUCAUUUACUAGACACCGGCACCUUGUGCACGCAGGAUAUACUUUUGCGGGAAAUGGCUCCUGGAUAAUGCAGGAUGGUACAUUUUCCCUAUCUGACUUUACGGACGCGUACCAAGAGAAUGAGGUCCAACGCGUCAUUCGGGCUUACGAGAACUCCAUUUCCAUCGACAUCCACUGCUCGACCAGCGGCGGUGGCGAGUGGGCCAAGUUGCCCGACAUGCCCUUUGUCAAGCAGUGCAAGAUUAGGGUCAACCCUACUGAUAUUUUGGACUCCGGCUCGCAGACCAUCAAGGACUUUAUCUCUUACCUAGAGCCGUACAUCGUGCCCGCCAGCCUGGAGCAACUCCUGGUGUCGAGCGAUGUGGUCGGCAAUAUCCGUUUUAGCCACCCCACGCUCUACGUGUUCCCGGGAGGCCAGGGCGACGCGGCACUUUUCGGCAUUAACGGAUUUAACAUGCUUGGUAAGUGUGAAUUUUUUUAUUUCCAAAAAAUGCUGGGUCAAAUCGUCCAUUUACGACCUCGGUGGCCUCGAUAG